UGCAGUUCUGCUCCAGGCUUCUAGGCUGAGUGACGCACUCCCUCAUGACUCCACCCCUCAGGGACUUUCAUCCAGGUGAGAAGACUCACCUGUACUCGGCGCGCGUGCUCAGGUGCUUCCCCAUAUACAGCCCACACCUCUACACACCGUCAACACACACUCAUACACCAACACACACAAGCUUCCUGGAACGAGAAUGACGACGAAAACAUCAGAAUCGAAACGACAAUGAACAUUAAGACGUUUGGGGAGCCAUUAAACGACAGACAUCGACACCUGGGAGGCUACAUAAGCUGCUGAAGGUGAGCACAGGUGACCAGAAAUGCGUACACACCUGCUAGUGCUGUUUAAUCUCACCUUCUGUGGAUAUUUUCUUCACGCGAGGUUUAUAGAUAUCUCAGAGGAAGACGACGAAAAUGCAGUGUUUGUGGGCGAGGAGGAGGCCAGUAAGUUCUUGGGGAGACACCUGCUGUUAAAUCGAUUUGAUUUUGAAAUGUUCACGCCGGGGAAUCUGGAGCGGGAGUGUGUAGAAGAAGUGUGUAACUAUGAGGAAGCUCGGGAGUUUUUCGAGAAUAUUCCAGAUACAAAUGCUUUCUGGAAGAAGUAUACAGAAGAUCAUACUUCACGGCCCACUAGACUGGACGUGACGGCGCUGCUGGUGGGUCUGAUCGCAGGAGGCGUCGCCCUUAUUAUUGUGGGUCUCCUCAUCUGGUACUCCUGCCAGAAGCGCUGUGGUAAAAGUGAACGGUUUGCAGGGCCUAUCAGGUCGAGGUCCAGGCGCAGUAAUGCGUCAGUGAUCAUCCGGAGACUGGAGGAAGUUUCACUGCAGACCAUCCCAGCCCCGCCUUCUAUAGACGGGUCAGAAGACCACGGCCUCCCCUCCUACGAGCAGGCCGUCGCCCGCACUGGACCCCACGAUGCUCCACCGCCUCCAUAUCCCGGGUCCAGACCAGGCACCCUUCGCAGAUAACAUUGGCGUUCACCACACAUCGUUGGAUUGAGUCCAGUUGUAGCUUAAAAAUGUUUCAGAUUCAUUUCAGAGUAAUUUUUGAGCAGUUUUUGAUAUUAAUUAAGUCUGUAAUGGUUUUACACUAAUGACACUUUCACAAGGUGCCAAUGAUGAAAUGAAGUGUUUCAUUUCGCAGUGACCUACUGAGCCAGGUUGCCAGGUCAUUUCUGCUAGACACUGUUUAACUUAAUUAUUAUGCAUUUCUUAUACUGAAUGCAAAGAUUAGACUACUUUAUUUAUUUGAAGGUUUUUUGAUGAAGGAAAUUGAUUCUUAUGGACCUCAAUCUGCUAAUUGUGACCUACUGAACAAAACCAAAUUUACCUCUUAUUUUAUAUAAAACCUCUGACUACGAUAAUAAGGUUAGGUUUCCUCAUUUAUAAUAGAAUAGUACUGUUGUUUUUUGUUUUUGUUCAUUUCGUCUCCUUAGGUCUUAUUAAAUCUUUUCUGGUUCUCUAAAUCCGCCCAAUUACAGUUUAAUACUCACUCACUCACUCUGUUGUCCUACAGACUCCCUCUAUAAAAUGGAAUAGAUUUAUUUCUUUUGAAGGAUGUAGUUUUGGUUUUAUAAGGCUCUGCUACUUUUUGGACCAUUUCUAUGCCUCAGUGUUGUUGUUGUUGUUUUUUUUAAUCUUUUAAUGUUUUGAUAAGUUUAUGUUUGUGGUAUUGCUUUACUCUAAUUUAAUUAGUAAGAAAUAAACAGCAAAUAAUGUCA